AUGCCUAUCGCAGUCACACCGCCCGCGGCGCACGCUGCGCUGAAGGACACUGUCUUGUUCUCGCCCUUGAAGCUUGGCAAGCUCAACUUGAAGCACCGAAUUGUGCAGGCACCUAACACUCGCAUGAGAAGCGAAUUCGAGUCCCGUGGAGUUUAUGUCCCUGGCCCUCGUAUGGUAAAGUACUACAGCGAUCGCUCCAGUGACGGCGGUCUUCAGAUUACUGAGGCGACCGACAUUGCCCUGAACGCUAGUGCUUACCCCGGUGUUCCUGGCGUCUUUACCGACUCCCAAUUACAGGGAUGGAAGAAGGUAACUGACGCUGUCCAUGCCAAGGGCGGGUUUAUCUUCACUCAGCUGUGGCACACUGGCCGGGCGUCCUGUAGUGCGCAGCGGGGUGGUGAGAGGGCAGUGUCUUCUGGCGAUCAGCCCAUGCCGGGUACAUAUCUGGAUGGCACUGAUACCAAGGAUGACCCGCCUCGAGCCUUGACAGUGGACGAGAUCCACAGCAUCACUACCGAAUGGGCAGCCGCAGCCAAGCGAGCUGUUGAAGUUGCUGGAUUUGACGGUAUUGAGAUUCAUGGUGCCAACGGUUAUCUUCUUGAGCAGUUCCUUCACGACAACAUCAACAACCGCACUGAUGAGUAUGGCGGCUCUGUCGAGAACCGAUGCAGAUUUCUGCUCGAGGUUCUUACUGCAUGCUGUGAUGCUAUCGGUGCCGACAAGGUCGGUCUUCGACUUUCGCCUUACAAUUACUUCCAGGGCACCAAGGAUAGUGAUCCCAACGCACAUUGGUCUUACCUCUGUGGCCAGAUCGCCAGUCUUCCAGAUAAACACAAGCCUGUUUACGUUCACAUGAUUGAGCCACGUUUUGACGAGGUUCUGGAUGAGCAGCAAAAGCUCGCUGCACUUGCCAACGGCAGCAGUAAAGAUGGUACUUCUGUUGAAGUUGGCAAGCAAGCAAACUCUCUCAACAUAUUCCGCAACAUCCUCCAGCCUUCUGGAAUUCUGUUCCUAGCCUGCGGAAACUUCAACCGAGAUAAUGCUCCCACAAAGAUCAAGAGUCAAGAGGCUGACUUGGUCGCCAUGGGCCGACACUUCAUUGCCAACCCUGACCUGGCUGCGAGAUUGGAGAAUGGCUGGCCUCUUAACGCCUAUGACCGCAGCACAUUCUACGGUGCUGAUCCUCCUGAGAAGGGCUACAAUGACUAUCCCUUCUACAACCCCUCACAAGAGGUGAAGAGUGAAGCAUAA